CCUGAGGCUUCGGCAGGCGGGCGGGGAUCGCCGCCGUUCGGAAGGGGAGAGCGUGCCGGGGGAAGGCGGGCCGGCGUUCGGCUGUGUGUGCCGGUGGGCAGGGGGCUGGUUAUCAUGGCGGAUCGGACGGCUCCGCGCUGCCAGCUCCGGCUGGAGUGGGUGUACGGCUACCGGGGCCACCAGUGCCGCAACAACCUGUACUACACGGCAGGGAAAGAGGUGGUGUACUUCGUGGCUGGAGUCGGCGUGGUUUACAACACCAGGGAGCACAGCCAGAAAUUCUUCCUCGGGCACAACGAUGAUAUUAUCAGCCUCGCAGUUCACCCGGAUAAAACGUUGGUAGCCACAGGGCAGGUUGGGAAGGAUCCCUACAUUUGCAUCUGGGAUUCCUACCGUGUCCAGACCGUGUCUGUCCUGAAGGAUGCGCACACGCACGGAGUCGCCUGCCUGGCCUUCGACUCGGAUGGCCAGCGUUUGGCUUCUGUGGGACUGGAUGCCAAAAACACGGUGUGUAUUUGGGACUGGAAGAGAGGAAAGCUCCUGGCGACAGCUACAGGCCAUUCCGACAGGAUAUUUGAUAUUUCCUGGGAUCAAUAUCAGCCAAACAGAAUUGUCAGCUGUGGAGUAAAACACAUAAAGUUUUGGACAUUGUGUGGAAACGCCCUGACAGCAAAAAGAGGAAUAUUUGGUAAAACAGGAGAUCUCCAAACAAUCCUGUGUUUAGCCUGUGCUAAAGAAGACAUCACCUACUCUGGGGCUUUAAAUGGAGACAUCUAUGUUUGGAAAGGGCUCAACUUGGUCCGCACAAUUCAAGGAGCACACAGUGCUGGAAUUUUUAGUAUGUAUGCUUGUGAAGAAGGCUUUGCCACUGGAGGGAGAGAUGGCUGCAUUCGGUUGUGGGACACCGAGUUCAAACCAAUUACUAAAAUUGAUCUCAGGGAGACUGAACAAGGAUACAAAGGACUGUCCAUCCGCAGCGUGUGCUGGAAAGCCGACAGGCUCCUGGCGGGGACGCAGGACAGCGAGAUCUUCGAGGUGCUCGUCAGGGAGAGGGACAAACCCAUGCUGAUCAUGCAGGGCCACUGUGAGGGGGAGCUCUGGGCCCUGGCCGUGCAUCCCAAGAAGCCUUUGGCGGUCACCGGCAGCGACGAUCGCUCCGUGCGGUUGUGGAGCCUUGCUGACCACGCGCUGAUUGCUCGCUGCAAUAUGGAAGAGGCCGUACGGAGCGUGUCCUUCAGUCCUGACGGAUCCCAGCUGGCACUUGGGAUGAAGGAUGGCUCCUUCAUUGUCCUCAGAGUAAGGGACAUGACCGAGGUGGUUCACAUCAAGGACCGCAAGGAGGUGAUCCAUGAGAUGAAGUUUUCCCCGGACGGCUCCUACCUGGCCGUGGGCUCCAACGAUGGCCCCGUGGACAUCUACGCCGUAGCCCAGAGAUAUAAAAAAAUCGGGGAAUGCAACAAAUCCUCCAGUUUCAUCACUCACAUCGACUGGUCUGUGGACAGCAAGUUCCUGCAGACCAAUGAUGGUGCUGGAGAGAGGCUCUUCUACAAGAUGCCCUCUGGGAAGCAUCUAACGAGCAAAGAUGAGAUCAAAGGAAUUCACUGGGCCUCAUGGACCUGUGUGAUAGGAUCUGAAGUGAGUGGAAUUUGGCCAAAAUACACAAACAUCACAAAUGUCAACUCUGUGGAUGGGAAUUACAACAGCUCCGUGCUGGUGACUGGUGAUGACUUUGGGCUGGUGAAAUUAUUCAGAUUUCCGUGCCUAAAGAAAGGAGCUAAAUUCAGGAAAUAUGUUGGCCACUCAGCCCACGUCACCAAUGUGCGCUGGUCCCACGAUUUCCAGUGGGUUUUGAGCACAGGAGGUGCUGAUCACUCUGUUUUUCAGUGGAGAUUUGUUCCAGAAGGGAUAACCAAUGGCAUCCUGGAAGCCUCUCCACAAGAGGGCGGUGUUGAUUCCUACAGUGAGGAAUCGGAUUCAGAUUUAUCCGACGUGCCAGAGCUGGAUUCUGACAUUGAGCAGGAAGCCCAAAUCAACUAUGAUCGCCAGGUUUACAAAGAAGACCUACCUCAGCUGAAACAGCAAAGUAAAGAGAAAAACCAUUCUGUGCCCUUCCUUAAGAGAGAGCGAGCGCCCGAGGACAGCUUGAAGCUGCAGUUUAUACAUGGGUACAGGGGCUAUGACUGCAGGAACAACCUGUUCUACACUCAGGCAGGAGAGGUGGUUUAUCACAUCGCCGCCGUGGCCGUCGUCUACAACCGGCAGCAGCACUCGCAGCGCCUCUACCUCGGCCACGACGACGACAUCCUCAGCCUCAGCAUCCACCCCAUCAAGGACUAUGUGGCUACUGGGCAGGUUGGAAGAGAUGCUGCCAUCCAUGUUUGGGACACCCAGACCCUGAAGUGUUUGUCAUUGCUCAAAGGCCAGCACCAGAGAGGAGUGUGUGCACUGGAUUUUUCAGCUGAUGGGAAAUGUUUGGCAUCUGUUGGGCUGGAUGAUAACCAUGCCAUUGUGUUCUGGGACUGGAAAAAGGGAGAAAAGCUGGCAACAACCAGGGGCCAUAAAGAUAAAAUAUUUGUAGUGAAGUGUAAUCCACAUCAUGUGGACAGACUGGUCACGGUUGGGAUGAAGCACAUCAAAUUUUGGCAGCAAACAGGGGGAGGCUUCACCUCCAAACGGGGCACGUUUGGGAGCGUGGGGAAGCUGGAGACCAUGAUGAGCGUCUCGUACGGGCGCGUGGAGGAGCUGGUGUUCUCUGGGGCUGCCACUGGUGACAUCUACAUCUGGAAGGAGACCCUGCUGCUGAGGACAGUGAAGGCCCAUGAUGGACCUGUGUUUGCCAUGCAUGCACUGGACAAGGGCUUUGUGACGGGUGGAAAAGAUGGAAUUGUGGCCCUCUGGGAUGAUAUGUUUGAGAGAUGUCUGAAGACAUAUGCUAUUAAAAGAGCAGCACUCUCUGCUAGUUCUAAAGGUUUACUUUUAGAAGACAACCCUUCCAUCCGAGCCAUCAGCCUGGGACAUGGGCACAUCCUGGUAGGAACUAAAAAUGGAGAAAUACUUGAAAUUGAUAAAAGUGGGCCUAUGACUCUGCUUGUUCAGGGCCAUAUGGAAGGAGAAGUGUGGGGCUUGGCUGCUCAUCCUCUCCUGCCCGUCUGCGCCACCGUGAGCGAUGACAAAACCCUGCGCAUCUGGGAGCUCUCGUCACAGCACCGCAUGCUGGCAGUGAGGAAGCUCAAAAAAGGCGGGCGCUGCUGUGCCUUUUCUCCGGACGGGAAGGCGCUGGCGGUGGGGCUGAACGACGGCAGCUUUCUGGUGGUCAACGCCGACACCGUGGAGGACAUGGUCUCCUUCCACCACAGGAAGGAGAUGAUCUCGGAUAUAAAGUUUUCACGAGAAUCAGGAAAGUACCUGGCUGUGGCUUCCCACGAUAACUUUGUAGAUAUUUACAAUGUCCUUACCAGCAAAAGAGUUGGCAUUUGCAAAGGUGCCUCGAGCUACAUCACCCACAUCGACUGGGACUCCAGAGGAAAGUUAUUGCAAGUCAAUUCUGGUGCCAAAGAGCAACUGUUUUUUGAAGCACCGAGGGGGAAAAGACAUAUCAUAAGAAUUGCUGAGAUAGAGAAGAUUGAAUGGGACACCUGGACAUGUGUGCUUGGUCCCACCUGUGAGGGAAUCUGGCCCAUGCACAGCGAUGUCACCGUUGUCAACGCGGCCAGUCUCACAAAGGACAGAAGCCUCUUGGCCACGGGAGAUGAUUUUGGCUUUGUGAAGCUCUUUUCCUACCCAGUGAAGGGCCAGCAUGCCAAGUUCAAGAAGUACGUGGGGCACAGUGCCCAGGUGACCAACGUGCAGUGGCUGCACAACGACUCCGUGCUCCUCACCGUCGGCGGCGCCGACACCGCACUCAUGAUCUGGACCAGGGAGUUCCUGGGCAUCCAGGAGAGCAAGCUGGUGGACAGUGAAGAGUCAGACACAGAUGCAGAAGAAGAUGGAGGUUAUGAUAGUGAUGUUGCAAGAGAAAAAGCAAUUGACUACACCACUAAGAUCUAUGCAGUGAGCAUCCGAGAAAUGGAGGGCACAAAACCCCAUCAGCAGCUGAAGGAAGUUUCAGUGGAAGAGAGGCCACCCGUGAGCAGAGCUGCUCCUCAGCCUGAGAAACUGCAGAAGAACAAUGUCAACAAAAAAAAGAAACUGGUUGAGGAGCUGGCUUUAGACCAUGUGUUUGGGUACAGAGGAUUUGACUGUCGCAACAACCUCCAUUACCUGAACGAUGGUGCUGAUAUUAUUUUCCACACAGCUGCAGCAGGCAUUGUCCAAAACCUCUCCACUGGCAGCCAGAGCUUCUACCUGGAGCACACUGAUGACAUCCUGUGCCUGACGGUGAACCAGCACCCCAAGUACAAGAACGUGGUGGCCACCAGCCAGAUCGGUACAACCCCCACAAUUCAUAUAUGGGAUGCCAUGAGCAAGCAAACCCUUUCCAUGCUGCGCUGCUUCCACACCAAAGGGGUCAAUUACGUCAACUUUAGUGCCACUGGCAAACUUCUGGUGUCGGUGGGAGUCGACCCAGAACACACCAUCACCGUCUGGAGGUGGCAAGAAGGGGCUAAAGUUGCCAGCAGGGGAGGACAUCUGGAGAGGAUCUUUGUUGUGGAGUUCCGCCCGGAUUCUGACACUCAGUUCGUGUCCGUGGGGGUCAAACACAUGAAGUUCUGGACCUUGGCUGGCAGCGCUCUGCUCUACAAGAAAGGAGUCAUUGGUUCCAUGGAAGAUGCCAAAAUGCAAACCAUGCUCUCUGUUGCCUUUGGAGCAAAUAACCUCACGUUCACUGGUGCCAUCAAUGGAGAUGUGUACGUGUGGAAGGAUCAUUUCCUGGUCAGGCUGGUGGCCAAGGCUCACACGGGACCGGUGUUCACCAUGUACACGACUCUGCGGGACGGGCUCAUUGUCACUGGAGGGAAGGAGAGGCCCACGAAGGAGGGAGGAGCAGUGAAGCUGUGGGACCAGGAGAUGAAGCGGUGCCGAGCCUUCCAGCUGGAGACCGGGCAGCUCAUCGAGUGCGUGCGCUCCGUGUGCCGGGGCAAGGGGAAAAUCUUAGUGGGAACAAAAGAUGGAGAAAUCCUUGAAGUAGGAGAAAAAAAUGCUGCUUCAAACUUGUUAAUUGACUGUCAUAUGGAAGGGGAAAUCUGGGGCUUGGCAACUCACCCCUCCAAAGACAUAUUUAUCUCUGCAAGCAAUGAUGGAACAGCCAGGAUCUGGGACCUGUCGGACAAAAAGCUGGUGAACAAGGUGAGCCUGGGGCACCCCGCGCGCUGCGCCGCCUACAGCCCCGACGGAGAGAUGGUGGCCAUCGGCAUGAGGAACGGAGAGUUCGUCGUCCUGCUGGUCAACAGCCUCAAGGUCUGGGGCAAGAAGAGGGACAGGAAAUCUGCAAUUCAGGACAUCAGGAUCAGUCCAGAUAACAGGUUUCUGGCAGUGGGCUCACAGGAACAUACUGUGGAUUUUUAUGAUCUCACUCAAGGCACAACCCUAAACCGAAUUGGCUACUGCAAGGACAUUGCCAGUUUUGUCAUACAGAUGGACUUCUCUGCAGACAGCAGGUACAUCCAGGUAUCCACAGGUGCCUACAAGCGUCAAGUUCACGAGGUGCCACUGGGAAAGCAAAUCACAGACCCUGCAGUAAUAGAGAAAAUCACCUGGGCCACGUGGACCAGCAUUCUUGGAGAUGAAGUCAUUGGGAUCUGGCCACGAAAUGCAGAUAAAGCAGAUGUCAACUGUGCCUGUGUGACCCACGCUGGCCUGAACAUAGUCACAGGAGAUGACUUCGGCCUGGUCAAGCUGUUUGACUUCCCAUGCACGGAGAAAUUUGCCAAACACAAGAGGUACUUUGGGCACUCGGCGCACGUCACCAACAUCCGCUUCUCGCACGAUGACAAGUUCGUGGUGAGCACCGGAGGGGACGACUGCAGUGUGUUUGUGUGGCGCUGUCUCUGAGGAGCCCCUGGCUGCUGCUGUCCUGCCCCAGCGAGGGAAUGAAUGUCCCUGGGGCUGCAGGAAUCCCAGCCCUGUUGCAGGCUGACAUUUCCAGAUCACUCAUCCCAACUUAGCGAGAGGGAAUGGGAGCUGGCGUUGGAGAGCCCGACGCCCUUGCGAAGGAAGCUGAGGUCUGAAGGGUAACCUGGGGAUCCCAAAGGGGUGAACGGUUCACUCACAAAGCUGCUUUUGCCUAAUACUGUGUUGUUCAAACAGUGUCUGAAAAGGGAGAAAACGCUGACAAAAUGCUGGGCCCUUUAAUAUCCAAAUUUGUGGCUUGAACAAAGUUCAAAAAGUGGGUGGGUUUUAACCACACCUGCUUAAAACUCCAAUUUAGUGCACUCAGUAAAGCUGGGAGGAUUUAACAGCAGGCUGGGGAGGGGGGAGGUCAUCCUUCAGCUUUCAUUAAUUGAAGGAGCAAAGUAUCCUUUUUUUUUAAGUCCAUUUUAUUUUUAAAUAUAUAUAUUUGGCAAAAUUUUCUAUCCAUGAAGUGCCUUGGAAUAAUUUUCUAGUAGUUUGGGCUGCAGCCUUGCCUCCCCCCCCUGCUUUUCACACAUGGUGCUAUGACUCUCACCCAGAGGAGGGCUAAACCAUUCUCACCUUUUCCAGCUGGGUACUUACAUUAUCCCUGGUUUCUGCUUUGGGUUUUUAAUUCCUUCACAAGUGAACUGCCCGUGUUUCCAACAGCGAGCGGCUCUGUGCUGGCAGAAGGCCAAAAAGGGACGGCAGCUCCUGGGCAGCUGCUCUUGCAGCCGGCAGCGCAAGCUCAACUCCAGCAGUGAGUGAGAGGAGAGCCUUUGGACAGACUUGGUUCAAGAGAUUUUAACACCAAGAUUGAGGAGUCAUUCCCCAAGUGUUCUGCAUGCUCCCCAUUUCUGGGAAAAUGUGCUUUACACUCCUACAGGCAGUGGCCAGCCAGAAUCUCGGCCUGGUGGGAAAAACCUCCAUCAAUUCCUAUUUCCUGUUCUGGAGGGGCAUCCUAAGCCUCCAAAGGAAUCCCUGCAAUGUCCCUAGAGCAGGGCCACGUGUGCCCUCCAGCCAGUCCGUGCUGCUUGCAAGCACAACAUAAAUCCCCUGGAACCAGGAAAUGCAGCUUUGUUUUCUUUGGGAAAAGCUUUUCCUGGCUGACUCUGGGUUCCUCUCCCUGUCCCUGCUUCUCCCUCACUCCACAGAGCCCCUUGGCCUGGGGGACAGCAAAGGAGAGCUGCCUCCAUGAGGAACUGGAACCAUGGACAGAUAUUCCCAAAAGGCAACUCAAGCCCUUCACUAUUUGUUAGAAUAUCUUGUCAAAACUAAAAACUCAAAGGACUCAAAAAGUGGAAUUGGAGGAAGUUUAAAAAGGAAUAGUAAAUAUGGGCAAUGUCAAAAUAGGUAUUUAAGAUACUUAAGAUUCUGGGCAUGGAACAACAUCCAUAUUUUGAAAUAAUUUGAAUUUCUUAAUUGAAAGAAAUAAAGGCUAAAGUAAAACAUUUAGACUUACAUUUAGUCUCUGAAAAGCAAUAGUGCUUU